UCCCAGACAAAGAGAUCUUGAAAAUCAAGAAUAAAAAAAAAAAAAAAAAUCUCUUUGUGAAACAAAUCUACAACUCAAAAUGGUGGAUUUGAAGAGAUGCAUUGUGGCAUUAUUAUCUGUUGUGUAUCUAAGCUUGGCGAGGCAUGUUGAUGGCGCCAACUUCUGUGGCACCGCCAUGGACAAACCGCUGUGCGAGAACAUGGUAAAGGGAGCAGCAAAUUGGGAUGAGGCAAUAACCAAGGCAGUAACUCAGGCUAUGGCUGAAGUAGCUAAAGCCACUCAGUCAGGAAACCCCAAAUGCAAAGAGGCCUACACAGACACAGAAGAUAAAUUGAAGGAGAGCAUGGAGACCAUUAAAAGCGGGAAUAAGGAUGGUAGCUUGAACUUUCAAAUCUCGGCAGCAUUAACUAGUCUGGAAGAUUGCACUAAUGCACUCAAAGAUUUGAAAGAAGAUGGGGCUGCUGCUGAGAAAUUGAACCAUGGUGUCGAGCAAGCCAUUAGAGUUUGCUUGGCUGUUGAUACAUCCAAGUCAGCUGCCUGAAAAACAUAAUUCUACACUCUCAUCAUAUCAUCAAAUAUAUAUAUAUAUAUAUUAUUUAAUUUUUGUAUAUGUUGUUUCAAAAGAUUAAAAUCUAUAUUAAUAG